AUGACCUCUUCCUCUACGGCCCUGGGGUUCCAGGGCCCUCUAUUCUAUCAAUACUCCCCUCUGGCCCCCUUCAAUUUCUGGCUCGGAGAACCAGUCUGGCCGACUUUCAACGGGAGAUGGGCCCACCGACGAUCAGUCACCUUGGUUUGGUGGGCCAUUACUCUCUGGUUGCUACUCACCCAGUCGCUAACAACCCCACUCCUGGAGACAGACCGACCGAAUAUCGAUAAAAUCCAAGAUUUCUCUAGUUACGAUACUCGACCGCUACCCGUUACCGCCGGCCCUACGACCGAAAACUCAACUGUCCCUUUGACGCCGUUCCCUUUCAACAAUAGCCCUCCUACUCGCCACCUACCACGUUGCUACGAUAGUCGUCUCUCACAUUGGAACACGCUCGGGCCAUCAAAGAAGAUGUGGAAGCGAGGGACAACGACUGUCGAUGGAAGAGAUCAUUAG